CCGGGUUUUAUGUGAAGCAAGUCACAACAAUCUAGGCAGCCAGUAAAAGCCUUUCCACAGUCUCAUAUAGCAUAUAGUCUCAGUGUAGAAGCUCUUUCUCGCGAACUGAAACCUUUUUGUCCCAAGAUCAGCUGAGUGUCGCUCCAUCAGCAUCGCAACCCGAUCAAGUGCAAACAGCGCGCCAGAAUGUCGUACUCGGACCCCGCCCAUCAGAAUGCCGUGCAAGAAAUCUACAGGAAGCUGGGCACCAUCCCCAUCGCGGCCAUCCUCAAACACCGCGAGGCCACGCGAGGCAGUUCGCCUUUGAUUGCGGUUCCGGAGACGGCUACCGUCGCUGAAGUGAUGCUUCUUUUGAGGAAUGAGGGGAUCCUUGCAGUUCCUGUGUAUCGAGUCACGGAGGGACAGAGUGGUGGAAGGCAGUAUACGGGCAUCAUCAGCAUCCACGACAUUCUUGCCUACACGGUUUUUCAGAAGCUCUUUGAUCGCUUGGAGCCUGGCAGCGGUGCUUUCGUCGGUGACAAGGCCGGAGAGCUGCGAGACUGGAUUGACUCUCUUAUGGAAGAUCAGGAACAGUAUUUUGGAACUCCUAUUGGAGAGCUGGUUGGCCUUAGCCGCGAAAGCCAGGAGUCAUGGUCCUUGAACGCCUCCAUGCCUGUGUCCAACCUGUUGCAGCUGCUCACGGCCGGCGCUUACCAUCGUGCACUUAUUGUUGAUGACGAGGGAGUGCUCAUUGAAAGAAGCGAAGAAACGGAGAAUUUGCCUGAAGGUUCCUUCACCACUAUGAUUACACAGACGGAUGUGCUGGCUUUUCUUGAAGAUUGCGUCGACCUCUCGCAAGAUGCAAGACAACGCAUCGAACAACUCCCAGUCAAGGAAAUCAACGAACUCGUCACUCGUCGUUUGGAACAUCAGCAGGAGCAAGCGCAGUCAAAGGCGACGUCGACAGCGGAAAGAAGGACGGGCAAAAGCCGAGUUGUGACUGUCCUCGACACGGCAACAGCUCUUCAGGCAUUCCGUGACCUGUACAUCGGUGGCGUUAGCGCCGUGGCGGUUGUGGACAAGGAAGGUGGCUUGGCCGCCAAUCUCAGCGCUUCCGAUCUCCGAGGUCUGAGUUCCUCGAAUCUCGAAGGUCUUUUGGACCCGGUUUUUACCUUCUUGGAAAUCGAUACUCGUCGACGUUCCGAUCAAGUCAAAGCUGAUCAGCUCAAGUUCGUCGAACCUGAUGCCCCACUGUCCAAAGCUAUUGCCAUCAUUCGCGAUGCGCACAUCCAUCGUGUCUGGAUCGCCGAUGAAGGGGACAAACCUGUGGGAGUCGUCACUGUGUCCGACAUCCUCAGCGUGUUUGUCCCCGAUGGGUUGAUGGCCAUCGAGCAGUAACGAGUCUCUCUCGCGCGCGUUUUUCACAUUCAUGUAUCCUUCUCUUUUCUUUUUUUUUUUUGGCCGUACGGUCAGUAUGGUUUUGAUGUCCUACGAGGCUGUUUUUUGGUAUGAUUGCAACAGCAGUUUGGAAUGCGAUUUAGGUUCAUUUGAA